AUGGCGAAACGGAAGAGUACAUCUGCGAACACUGGUACUACUAGUGCAGGCCCAGCUACCACUCACUGGACUGAUGAAGAGACCUCCCGCCUCAUUCAUCAACCUUUACCAGCUGCAGUGGCUUAUUUAUUGAAGCCCCUGGACGGCAUUCCAAAGGAGGACCAUGUAGCUGGAAUCAAAAGGGAUGGGCUGUCAUGCAAGAACAAAUGGAUCACGGCUUUUCGUGGGACGUACGAACUCGGCGCAAAUAUCGGCCCAGCCGACGCUGCGCGUUGGACUGCAUUUGCAAAUGUGCGUCUCAAUACAAGGCCAUUCCGCAACAAAGGUUGGAAACACUUCGACGAGAUGGACGACCUUUUGCGCACGCAGAUCCCACAUGGCACCAAUGCUUUUCACGCAGGCCAGGAAACGUUCCAAUCACAAUAUGACGUCAGCAACGAAGGCCCGGGUGUUGAUGCUGUGGAGAAUGAGCCUGUAGCGCCUGACUUGGGAGACUUGGGAGACUUGGGAGGCUUGGGAGGCUUAGCGGUUGAGGGAGACAUUGAGAGGAUUGUGGAGAGAGACUCAACUGGGCUGGAUGAUGAUGAAGACGAUAUCAUUCCUUGGGAAGCGACUCCUCCUCCUCCUCCUCUCUCAAAAUGA